UAACGGCGUUGAAUGUAAAUAACGGCAACCUGCCCAAACCCAACCCAACCCAACCCGAUCUAUCUCCUGUUUUCUCUCUCUCUCUCUCUCUCUUCACACAGAUGGCAUGAUCACCACCAGCUCCUUAAUCUUCUUCUUCUCUUCGUCAAUUUAGUCUUCUACUUCUUCCUGUUUGCUAUUCGAUUUCAAUUUCAGUCUUCUGUUUUCUGAAUUGCUUAAUUUUAUUUAUUUAUUUAUUUUUUUAAGAAGAAAGGAAGUACUUCUUUCUUUCGGCAAAUUAUUCUUCUCUCUCUCUCUCACUCCGGGGGGUGGGGAGCGGGGAAUCUCGGCGUUAGGUUGGUACGUUUUCAGGCAGGGGAGGUUUCUUGUGAGUAAGAAUUGUAAAAAAAAAGUAAUAAUAAAUAUUGAUUGAGCUAAUUCAUGUGGUUAACGUGCAAUGUAGGAAAAAAAAGUAGAGAGAGAAAGACAGAAGAGAAGAAGGAGGUUCUUGCACGGCACAGAAACCCAGAUCCCUUCUCCAAAUCUCCUUUCUCCCCUUGCCUUAUGCCGUAAUCUAUUCUCUCUUCCUUCCUUCCUCACCAUCUUGUUUGUUUGUUCAACUAUAUAUGCAAUUCACCUCCAGAUCGGCUCUUCUGACCUGACCCCUGACUUUUCUCCUCCAUUCCAUUCUACCUAAUUCCCCAAAACUUCUAGUCAAACCAGCCUAGCCUAGGGUUGGUUAAGCAAGCAGCAUGCCAUCUGAACUCAUGGACUCACCGCCUUCUGAACUUCCUCCUAAUGAGAGACAGGUUGGCUUCUGGAAGACAGAUGCUGACAACAACAACUAUGGUGUAAAAGAUGGUCAAGUAUAUGUAGUUGGUGGCACCUCACUUGCGUCAUUGCCCCUGGAGAAACACAAGAUGUCAUCUGAUUCUCAUAAAUUGAACCACUUUGAUGCCCCUAAUCUUUACUUGAACCAAGACCAUCUUAGCUCAGAGAAUAACUCUGUGGGAUCCAUUGGCCAUCCUCUGCAGAGACCUCUUGAUAAUAAUAAUAAUAAUAAGGGAAAUAGACCAAUUUUUGGUACGGAUCAUAAAUCUUAUCUUACAGCAGGGAACAAGUAUAAUGUCAUGGGUGAUCACUAUGAGAAUGGCCUCUUUUCAAGUUCAUUAUCUGAUCUUUUCAGUAGAAAAUUGAGAUUAUCAGCAAACAACAACAGUAUGUAUGGUCAUUCUGUUGGUGCCUCCCAGUAUGCAGAAGAGGAACCCUUUGAAUCCCUUGAAGAGAUUGAGGCCCAAACUAUUGGGAAUCUUCUUCCUGAUGAUGAUGAUUUGCUGUCCGGAGUGACAGAUGGGCUUGACUGUAAUAAGGUACAACCAGGCAGUGGUGAUGAUGUGGAAGAAUUGGACUUUUUUAGCAGUGUGGGGGGGAUGGAAUUGGGAGAAGAUGGCGCAGGACAAAGAAAUUAUGAAAUUUCUGCGGAACAACACCCCCAUGGACAACACCCAUCAAGAACACUUUUUGUGAGAAAUAUAAAUAGCAAUGUGGAAGAUUCCGAAUUAAGAAUCCUGUUUGAGCAAUACGGGGAAAUCCACACUCUUUACACAGCCUGCAAGCAUCGUGGGUUUGUGAUGAUAUCAUACUAUGAUAUAAGAGCAGCCAGACGUGCCAUGCAAGCUCUUCAGAACAAACCAUUGAGGCGUAGAAAGCUUGAUAUUCAUUAUUCAAUUCCAAAGGAUAACCAUUCAGACAAAGAUAUUAAUCAAGGCACUGUUGUGAUUUAUAACCUUGAUUCUACUAUUUCAAAUGAUGAACUUCGCCAUGUUUUUGGCGUGUAUGGUGAGGUUAAGGAGAUUCGUGAAACUCCACAAGGAAGUCGUCAUAAGUCCAUAGAAUUCUAUGAUAUAAGAGCUGCAGAAACUGCUUUGCGUGAAUUAAACAAGAAUGACAUGGCAGGGAAACAGAUGAAGCUUGAACCCGGACAUCCUGGUGCAUCUAAACGUCCAUUUCCAGAGCUGGAUCUUGAUGAAACCAGUGCCUUGUUGCAAAUGUGUAGCCCACCUACUGAUUUCACUAGAGACAUUUCUGGAGCAGUUCCAAAUAUCCGUGGUGGCAUGGAACAUGGGAGUCUAUUGAGUGUGGCUGGCAGUCAAUUAUUAGACACGGGCAUCCCAGCUAGCGUAUCAAAAAGUUUUUCGUCCAUAAUUGGGGUGGAAUCAGGUGGUGGCAUGCCAUCCAGUUUGCAUAACCAACUGAAAUAUGAUUUCAGGAGCUCGCCAAAUUACCACCCUCAUUCACUUCCAGAUGGCUUAACCAACAGCAGCACCAUGGCUGCUGGUAGAAUGUCUGAAAGGGUGGGAAAUAUGCAGUUCAACAGACGCUCACUUGAACUUAGUAAUGACAAUGUGUUUGGUCCCUCUAGUUGCUCCCCUGCUGGCAAUCAUCAUUAUAUGUGGAAUCAUCCUUCUCAUCAGCCUCAGCCUCAGCCUCAUAACAUGAUGUGGCCACCCAAUUCACCAUCACUGAUGAAUGGAGUGGGGGGAAAUGCUGCUCCUAGAGCACCGUCUCAUAUGGCAAACACUUUUCUGCACAUUAACAACCACCAUGUGGGGUCUGCACCAUCUGUGAAUCCUUCUAUCUGGGAUAGACGACACUCUUAUGCAGCAGGGGAAUCCCCUGCUGACACAGCAUCAGUUUUCCAUCCAGGUUCUCUCGGGAAUAUGAGGGGGGUCCCUCUGGAUUUCGUUUCUCAUAAUAUGUUUCCUCCUCGUAUGGGUGGAAACUCAAUGGAGUUACCGAUUCCAUCAAAAAGUAUUGGGCUGGUUUCCCAUCAUCAGAAUAGUGUAAUGUUUCCUAGUAGAGGAGGGCAACUGAUUCCUAUGAUGACUUCAUUUGAUUCUCCAAGUGACCGCACUAGAAACAACCGUAGAAAUGAGGGUAGCUCAAAUCAAGCUGACAACAAGAAACAAUUUGAACUUGAUCUGGACCGUAUCAUGCGAGGCGAUGACAGAAGAACUACUCUAAUGAUCAAGAACAUCCCUAACAAGUACACUUCUAAGAUGCUGUUGGCUGCAAUUGAUGAACGUCAUCGUGGAACAUAUGAUUUUAUCUACUUACCCAUAGAUUUCAAGAACAAAUGCAACGUGGGUUACGCGUUCAUCAACAUGACUGAGCCUUCUCUUAUUAUUCCAUUCUAUCAGGCAUUUAACGGGAAGAAGUGGGAGAAGUUCAACAGUGAAAAAGUAGCAUCCAUUGCAUAUGCUCGCAUACAGGGAAAAGCUGCACUGAUUGCCCACUUUCAGAAUUCAAGUUUGAUGAAUGAAGAUAAGCGUUGUCGUCCCAUCCUUUUCCACACCGACGGUCCAAAUGCAGGUGAUCAGGUACCUUUUCCUAUGGGUGUUAAUGUUCGAUCAAGAGUGAACAAAAACCGGACCAACACAAAUGAGGAAGGCUCGCAAGAUGCGGCGAAUGGUGAGGCAUCUUCAAACGGUGGGGACUCAUCAUCAGGUUCCACAAAGGAUUUUGAAUGAGGGCCCCACCCCCACCCCACUCCUUUUUGUUCGUGCUAACCUUACCACCGUUCUAGAUACCAGGUAAUCCCACCUCAAAUUUUCUAAUGUACAUUGAGGGAUGGGUGAGGUUAAAACAAAAAAAUGACUUUUAAGACUUUGUGUACGUACUACUAUGUGCUCCUGAGGAGGAAUGCUUCUAGUGGACAUGGGGAAGUUUCAAAACAACGUGGAGCUUCUAAAUUUUGAUGAAUUAAGAGGAUACUACUACUGAUUUAAAUAGCAGUUGUUGUUGUUGAUGUGCUUGUGAUUUCUGCUGCCUGCUUUUUCUCCAUUUUGUAUGUGGAAAUCCUUUUCCUUUAGUUUUUGAACAAUUUGUAGUAGCGUGCUUGAUUUUCUUUGCUCUUUAGAAGAUGAAGAGAUACAUACGAUCAUGUAAUCAAUGUAGGUUUUCAUUCAUAUCACAUGCAUUACGUUCUGACAA